CUCUGCUUCAUCAAUGCCCUUUGCCAAUCUCUACCUCUCCCUCUCUCUCGCAAAAUUUCCAUUGCGAAGCCUCUCAUUUUAAUCAAGCCUAACGAACUCACUGUUAUUUUAUCUCUAAUUUCCUUUCCAGAGUUAAAGAAGGACGCGAGAAUAGAGCCAUGGACAUUGAGCGAUAUUUUGCCCAGGGAUGGAAAUCAGUUUCAAGUGCAGCAGCCGACUCCGAAAGUUUUAGUGGCUGCUUUGACUGUAAUAUCUGUUUUGAUUUUGCAUAUGAGCCGGUAGUCACCCUCUGUGGUCACCUCUACUGCUGGCCCUGCAUUUACAAGUGGCUCCAUGUCCAGAGCGCCUCCCUUGCCUCUGAUGAGCAUCCGCAAUGCCCAGUAUGCAAAGCUGAUAUAUCUCACACUACCAUGGUCCCCCUCUAUGGCCGUGGCCAAGGCUCAACUGAAGCUGAAGGCAAGGCACCAUAUAGGGGUACGAUCAUACCUCCCAGACCAUCAGCUUGUGGUGCUCAAGGUGUCAUGUCGAACACAUCUAAUACCAGCCAGCGGCUUCCAUACCGUAAUCCUUACCAGAACCAUAACUACAAUUCUAAUCCAUUACUUAACCUUGGAGACCCUACGAUGACAGGUUUGCAGGAACCAGUUGUUGGGAUGUUAAGGGAGAUGGUUUAUGCAAGGGUUUUCGGUGCAUUUCCAAGCUCAUAUCACUUGGCCGGAACUAGUAGCCCCAGGAUGAGGAGGCAUGAGAUGCUGGCAGCCAAGUCAUUGAACAGAAUCUCAAUUUUUCUCUUCUGCUGCUUUCUCUUAUGCCUUGUUGUAUUUUGAAACACAGUAAUAGGUUAUUCACCAUUGUUCAUCUGUAUAUUUUGUGAAGAGCAACGGAUCGGAGGUUAUGGAACAUCUUAGAUCAGAUAAUAUAUAUAUGAGCCGAUUUUUUAUAUUUAACUA